AUCGACUCGCAUCUUGUCACUGAGGUUACGAGAGCUCCCAGUCUCCGAAUUCAUGGGAUUACGAAUGGACGACAUACAUGCGCCGACGGUGUCCUCGGGGCCAACGUCCUCCGGCUACUCAAAUGGUGUCUCGAAAGACAAGCUCUCGCUGAUGGAACUCAUUCGCGAGAAAGAUCGGCUCGAGGCGGAGCUAUCAGCUUUGGGGUCUGUUCUUGACUCUCACGGCGUCAACAUGAACACGGGCCUUACGACCUUCGAUGGAUUCCCAAGAGCCGACAUCGAUGUAGCGCAGAUUCGCACAACAAGAGCACGGAUAAUACGGUUGAAGAACGACUACAAGGGCAUCAUGGGGCGCAUCGAAAAGGGCCUACAUGCUCACCACGCAGCUAUGGCCGAAGCAGCGCAGAAUGGAUCAGUUGCGUCAACAAGCGCCCUAGAGCCGGCUGCAGGUAGCUCAGGAGCUGGUACGCUAGAGGCUCCAUUCGCCAAGGUCAACAGCGUGGUGCCUGGUAGUCCAGCAGAGUCUGCGGGCCUGCAAGCUGGAGACAGCAUUGUGAAGUUUGGCACCGUAGACUGGACCAAUCAUGAUAAGCUCAGCAAGGUGGCGGAGGCUGUCUCCCAGAACGAAGGGCUGCCCAUCAUCGUCAAAGUACUUCGCGUCAACAUAUCUGGCGGCCGCGCCCAAGAAGUCCAGAUGAACCUGACGCCGCGAAAGAAUUGGGGUGGGCGAGGAAUGCUAGGGUGUCAUUUGUUGCCGGUGUAGUUUCUAGCGGAAGAUUCGAGAUGAAAAGGUUUUCGGACUGAUCGUGGCGUGCAUGGACUGGAGCACACAUUUCGGGCGAAAUGGCAUGAUAUCCCGGCGUCACGGCGCUUCUGCCAAACAGGAUAGGCACAACUCUGAUUUCCAACCAUCCUGCUGGCUACCUCUGCCUAGCUGCCUUGCUGUCGCCUGGUAGCUGUGGCAAUCACGUGACUAGCAUGCUUGCUUACAUUAGCGGCGGACUGACCGCUUU